AUGCGGUGGCUGGGCUGGCUGUUGCUGUUGGCCUUUUUCACCAGCUCAUCCAAUGCUGAAGAUCCCCCUGGCCAGCCCAGGAGAUUAUCUUCAAAAUCCAGCCUACAUGGACACCAAGCGGACACGCAACGAUUGGAUCGGGAGACUUCGCAAAUCUUAGCUAGGGACGCAAACAGUUUGCGCCCGACGCCAAGGAAGUCUGGAGAAGAUACGAACCUUCCGUUCCUGAGCCCCGGCGCUGAAUACACCGAGGAGAUGGAACAACCAACGGAUCCGAAACUCGUUGAGAUGUACAACAAGGCUUUGCGUUUCUUGCAGCGGGGUCGACCCCAGGGAGUCGAAGCCAGAAAAGCUGCAUACAGGCUCCUCGAUCAGGCAAAGGAAGCAGGACAUUUGCCAAGCAAGAAAUUGAUGGGUUUUGCUCAUCUGUUUGGUGACAAUGCUCGUUGGUCGCUUGAAGAAGCAAAGAAGCUGUUUACUGAAUUGGCCGAAGAUACAGGCUCGGCUGAUGCUCAAUUCGGACUAGCGUUUAUGCACGCGACCGGUCUCGGAAUGGACAAAAGCGAUCCUGCACGUGCCUUCAUCUACUACAAUUUCGCUGCUCUGGGCGGGAAUCCGCUGGCAAAAAUGGCGCUUGGCUACCGUUACCUCAAUGGCAUUGGCGUAAACGAAGAUUGUGAAGAAGCGCUUCGGCUUUACAAGAGUGUCGCGGAGAUGGUUGUUUCUGAUUACAAACAUGGCACGGGUCAAGCUACGCAACGCAUUCGCCUGGUUGAGGAAAUGAGCACGCCCAAGACUUCAUCUCUCGCUACGGAUAAGGACAUUGUCGAUUAUUAUCGCUUCUUGGCGGAUCAAAACGACUUGGCUUCGAUGGUUUCCCUCGGGCAAAUCUAUAUGACCGGUAGCCGAGGAGUGGAGCAGGACUAUGACCAAGCUUUCAGGUAUUUGACGGAUGCUGCUGAUCUUGGAAGUGCUUCCGCUUACGCUCAAUUGGGAAAGAUGUACCUGGACGGCACCCAUGUGACGCCGCAAGACAACGCAACUGCCUUCCAUUUCUUCCUAAAAAGCACUGACAAGAACAACAUCAUGGGUCAGAUUGGGCUCGGCAUUAUGUACUUGCAAGGCAGAGGUGUCACCAAGAACCCAGAAGUUGCUCUGCGUCUCUUCAAGGGUGCGGCUGAUCAAGCUUCGGCAGAGGCGCAAUUCUACCUGGGCUAUAUGUUCCACAAGGGUCUUGGAGUCAAGCGCAACUUGAACGAAGCAUUCAAAUACUACCAACUAGCUGCACAGGGUGGAAAUAUCCUUGCAAUGUAUAAUCUCGGCGUCUACUCCAUGAUCGGUCUAAACACUCUGAGAUCCUGCCCGAAUGCUGUGGAUUUCUUCAAAAAUGUGGCAGAGCGCGGACGUUGGGCAGAAGUUCAUCAUAAGGCCUUCCGCGAAUACAUGCUCGGCGAACCCGAUGAGGCUGCGCUGAAGUACUUGUUCAUGGCCGAACUUGGAUAUGAAGCUGGACAAUCUAAUUUUGCCUACAUUUUGGACAAAGACGAGGCCAAGUCUCUAUUCCACGGUGAAUCCCGCUACCAAACAUACGAACGAGCCGCGCAGUCUUGGCGUCGCGCUGCGAACCAGAUGAGUGUACAUGCACGCCUACGGCUGGGAGACUACUAUUACUAUGGAUUCGGCACGGAAGUCGACUAUGAAAGAGCAUUCUACCACUAUAAGAUUGCGUAUGAAAAGCACAGCAGUGGCCAAGCGAUGUACAACUAUGGAUACAUGCACGCGCACGGACUAGGAGUGCCUCAGGAUUUCCAUCUGGCCAAACGGUACUACGACGAGGCGGGCAUACAGGCUCCGGACGCCAUUGCGGCGGUCUAUCUCCAGUUGGCAAUGCUCGGGUUGCAGUUCGGGUUUAGCUACAUCAACCAGAAUUCGCUUAUUGUCCAUCUCGACGAAGAAUAUCCGUUUUGGGAAGUGUGGGCCCUGGGUGCCAUCGUCGCCAUCUGCACAUAUAUCGCGCACUUCUUCCUUCAGUGGGAAAUGAGGCGCCGCAAUCGUCUUCUCCAACAAGCCCAGCAACGCCCCGCCCAGAACCGAGAACAUUUU